AUUACUCAUAUUUUGACUUAGCAAAGUCAACAAAUUCAGCUAAAGUUACUACUCCAUCUGUUGGAAUUUGUACUUGUGUUAAUUGGUUAUAGCCCAAACAAAUAGUGAUGUUGCUCAAGUGCUGAAUGUCUAAAAAAUAUUUUAAAUUAUUAUGUGUGUGGUUAAGGUACGCCCAAUAACUAUUUCUAUGAUGAAUAGGCACUCUAUAAAUAGAGAUCAACCCCUUUCCCUUUUCCAUUAGAAUGACAAUAAGCUUAUGCUUGCGUCUUAAUCUCUGUUAUGGUUGCAUAUUAAUUAUCUUACAUCACCAGCCAAAAGAAAAAAAAAAAGCAAAAUAAAACCUUGUGAAUUUAUCGUUUCUCAGCAAUGAAUCAUAGUCAAGAUUUUAGUAUUAAGAGUACUCAUCAUCAAGAAGGAGAUGAUCCUUUGAGUUGGAACAUAGCAGCAGACACCCUCAAGGGUAGCCACCAUUAUGAAGUCAAGAGAAUGGUAGAGGAGUUUAAGAAUCCGGUGGUACAACUAGGUGGUGGUGAGAGGCUAAGGAUAGCUCACGUGGCUGCCAUAGCGACCCGUUCGGGCACGGAGUUAGUGAAGGUGAAGCUGUCCGAAGCAGCCAGGGCUGGCGUUAAGGACAGCAGUGAUUGGAUCAUUGAAGGCAUGAAUAAAGGGACUGAUAGUAAUGGUGUUACCACAGGUUUUGGUGCAACAUCACAUAGGAGGACUAAGCAAGGUGAAGCACUACAGAAGGAGCUAAUAAGGUUCUUGAACGCUGGAGUCUUUGGAAAUGGGAUGAUGUAUCGUCACACGUUGCCACACUCUGCCACAAGAUCUGCCAUGUUGGUUAGAAUCAAUACUCUACUUCAAGGGUACUCCGGUAUAAGGUUUGAGAUCUUGGAAACUAUGACAAAAUUGCUCAACAAUGAUAUCACCCCAUGUUUGCCCCUCCACAACUCAUGUGGUGACUUGGUACCACUGUCGUAUAUUGCCGGGCUUUUAACAGGCCGACCCAACUCCAUAGCCACUGGGCCUAAUGGAGAACUGUUGGAUGCUGUCCAGGCCUUUCAAGGGGUUGGUAUUGACAGUGGAUUCUUUGAGUUGCAGCCCAAGGAAGGAAUAGCCUUGGUGAAUGGCACUUCUGUUGGUUCUGGCUUGGCUUCCAUUGUUCUUUAUGAGGCUAACAUUCAUGUUGUCCUUUCUGAAGUUCUAACAACAAUGUUUGUUGAAGUAAUGCACGGACGAAGAUUUGAAUUCACAAACCAGUUGGCUCAUAAAGUGAAGCAUCACCCUGGCCAAAUCGAAGUCCCAGCAAUAACGGAACAUAUUUUGAAUGGAAGUUCCUCUGUUUAUGAAAAGCCUAAGCAAGAUCGUAACGUUGUUGGAAAUUCUCCACAAUGGUUACGUCCUCAAAUAGAGGUCAUUAGAGAAGCAACCAAGAUGAUUGAGAGAGAGAUUAACUCGGUUGAUGACAAUCCCUUGAUUGAUGUUUCAAGGAACAAGGCACUACAUGGUGGGAAUUUCCAAGGGAUAUCGCUAGGGGCAUCAAUGGACAACACUAGGCUAACACUUGCCUCCAUUGGAAAACUUUUAUUUGCCCAAUUUUCUGAGCUUGUCAAUGACCAUUACAAUAAUGGAUUGCCUUCUAAUCUCUCCGGAAGUAGGAAUCCUAGCUUGGAUUAUGGUUUCAAAGGUGCUGAGAUUGCCAUGGCCUCUUACUGUGCUGAACUUCAAUUUCUUGCCAAUCCAGUGACUAACCAUGUCCAAAGUGCUGAGCAACACAAUCAAGAUGUCAACUCUUUGGCCUUAAUCUCCUCAAGAAAGACAUCUGAGGCACUGGACAUUUUAAAACUCAUGUCUUCAACUUAUCUAGUAGCACUUUGCCAAGCUAUUGACUUGAGGCACUUGGAAGAAAAUCUUAAAGCCUCAGUGAAGAAUGCAGUGAGCCUAGUGGCAAAAAAAGUGCUGACAGUAAACCAAAAUGGAGAGCUGGAUCACCUUUCAAGGUUUUGCGAGAAAGACUUGCUUAAAUUGGUUGAUAGCGAAUACGUUUUUACGUAUGCUAGUGACCCUUGUAGUGCUAAUUAUCCAUUAAUUCAAAAGUUACGACUAGUCUUGGUGGAUCAUGCUCGAGACGAGGAGAAAAUUUCAAGUAAUUCAAUCUUCCAAAAAUUAAGUACAUUUGAGGAAGAAUUGAAAGUUGUUUUGUCUAAAGAAAUGGAGAGUGCUAGAUGUGACUUUGAUAAUGGCAAGUCAUCCAUUCCUAACAGAAUUAAAGAAUGCAGGUCCUAUCCAUUGUACAAGUUUGUGAGAGAAGAACUAGAGACUAACUACUUGACUGGGGAGAAAGUCCAAUCACCUGGAGAAGAAUUUAACAAGGUAUUCACAUCCAUGAAUGAAGGUAAAUUGGUAGAACCAUUACUUAAUUGCUUGUAGGAGCGGAAUGGUUCAUCUCGUCCCCUUUGCUAGAGGAAAAUCCCGAAAACAUAUAUGUAUGCAUGUCUUUUGCAAUGCAAUCCCUACUUUUGUGGGAAAAUACUGGAUAUGUGUCUAGUUUUUGUUGUCUUCAUCUUUUGCAACAUAUGUCGUAUAGUUUUUGUUUUCUUCAUCUUUUGCAACAUAGUCGUCCAUCAUAUUUGUUCUAUACAGUGGGAACCAAUGGUACGACAAGGUUACUUGCAAAAUAAUAUUACUCUGUUUGAGGGCA